AUGGACGUUGACGACGACGAGGAUUUCUACUCGCCCGAGCCUACAGAGGCGACGGAAAAGGCGACAAAGACGGAAGCUUCAGCGUCGCCGACACCAGUUCCCAAGGAGGAGCCGAAGACGGAGCUGGAGGAAGGCGAGGAGGAAGAUGAAGGUGGUGCAAUGGAUGAGGACGACAGUGAUUCAGACAUCGACAUCAUCACGGAGCGCAAAGACGGCACAAAAGCUGCCCCACCAACGUAUGCCCCGCGGACGUUACAAUCGAGGUACAGCGACAUUCGCAACAUCCCUCAAAGGACCGCUUCUAGCGACAUCGCCGUCAAACCAGCAGCCCCGGCUGCAUCCUCGUCCAAGUCCCCCGCACCCAAGUUCGAGUCUCCUGCAGUCGCUCUGGCUGUGCCCAGUGCCGACAAGGUCGCCGCCGCCGCAUCAAGUUCGAAGAUCGACGUCAACGGCAAUCCCAUCCAUGCAGGCUCGGGCAAGCAUAUUACGGCAGUCAACAUUGACGAGGGUAUGUUGGCGCUUGUAACCACGCCUCACACGGCACAUGGCUAA